GAGGGGCUGGGGAGGGGUGGAGGAUGGAUUACUACCACCACCAUCACCACCAUGGUGGGCGGUCACCACACCCAUCGCAACGUCAGCAUGAUCCAGAGAAGCUGCUGGCCUCCCUUGGGCCUGAAGCGCAGCUAGCCCUCACCACUGCCAUCAUCAACUCCGUACUGAAAACCCCAGAUGGCAGGGAGGGACGAGGUAACUUCCGUGACAACCGCGAGCCUAACUACAGACAUCAGCGGGAUCCCCGCCGCGAUGGUCGUGGUGGCUACUACAGGGAGGAGUCGAGGGAGCGCAGGCACUUUGGUGAGGACCGCAGGUAUGAGCCCAGGUCGCACCACCAGGAGGGGCGCAGCCAUCACUAUGACCGAGAGAAACCCCCAGCUGGCCCCCCUCGCUCCCGUUAUGGCAAAUACCCCGGCCAAUCCAAGAGGAGGCCGUCGCCUCAUGGCCAUCCUGGGGCCGCGUACAAGCGACAGAGAAUGGAGAGCAUUGAGGCUGGAGGCAGUCCUCACAGGGAAGAAUUUGCCGAAAACGACUCUGGUGCUGCCUCAACCCACGACAGACCGCGUGACAGGGAGCACCACAGUGAGGGCCCCAAGGAAGGCCACGACUCCCACGAGGUGGCUGCAGGGGGUAAUGGCAAUGGAGAGGGGGAAGGUGGGCCCAGCGGAGUGCAGGUCACCAUCCGUGCUGAUGGGGAGCGAGCUGUGAACAGUGAGGGCCAUGUGAGGACGCGAGUGGCCGGUCGGCUCUUUGUCGAACUCAGAUGUCCACAUUGCCCAAGCCAGAGGUCCAUUACUUUCAAGGAGUACAAGUUCCACUUGGGAAGUGAGGGGCACAAACAGCAGCUGAACCGGCUGGCUAGGAAGCACUCUGUGGUGCUGAGGAAGAUUAGGGUGCAGCAGAGACAGGAGCAGAAGGAGAUCGAGGCAAAGUGGAGAGAAGAGAAUGGCGAGGAGUUUAAGUCAGCUGUUACCAGGUUCUGCAGUACAUGCAAGCUAGCUUUCAAGUGUCUGGGCAAAAACUCAAGUGACGGCAUAAGCCACCACAGCAGAAGCAAGCUACAUCGGAUGCAGAGGCACUAUCUCCAUCCUCGAUGUGGAAUAUGCAGAAUCACUUUCCCAAGCCGUAUGGUGUAUGAGCAUCACAUUGCUUCCAUCAACCACCUACGGGGCUCGUUGCAGGUAAGGACAGCAACUAUUGACAGUCAGGGUGGCAGCCGACGCAAUGAGAACCACAACCAGGAGGAGGAGGGCGUUGACCUCGACUUGGCUAACUUCAUGACACUGGACUCAGUGGGAGAAGAUGAUGAUGAAGAGGUGGGAUCAGAGCAUGAGGAGAUCACAGGGGGCAUUGAUGCUGUGGAGGCCGCAGAAAAGGAAGCUGCAACAGGAGACGAGGAUGAAGAUGAGGACUUAGACGAGUCGGAGAGUAGCAGCAACCGCAACAAGGGACAUGGGCGCUACAGGAGCAAGGAUGAACUGCAGUAUGGCCGCAGGGGUCGAAAUGUGGGCAGCAGCAAGGGCAAGAGGCACAGGGCACAUGACCGGGGGGAUGAGGAUGAGGAGGAGGACAUUCCCAUGGAGUCAGACUGGGACAAAGAUCAGCCAGAGGAGGACGAUGACGAGGAUGAAGAGGAGCAUCAGCCACUGGGGACUGAGUAUGUGCGCCGGAUUGAGGCCUACUUCUGCAGCCUGUGUUACAAAAUCAUCCGAGCUGAUUCCUCAUUAGGGUCCCGUGCUGUACAGAGGCACUGCCGCUCCUUUGACCACCUGUCACAUUACCAUGACCAACACCCAGCUUCGCACCAUGGGGAAGAUGGCAUAAGUGGAGACGAGGCCGAGGGUGACUUGGAGGACGAUCCAGACCAGGCUAAACUGUGGGAGGAGGUCGACAAGGGACUCACAGCACUCCAAGGGGAAAUAAUGACAGAGAUAGAAGGCGAAGAUGGACUGGAGGGAAAUAGCAAAAUAGAUAAGAAGGAAAAUGGAGGAACAACAAAAGAGAAAGAAAGUGAGGAAGCAGGUGAAGAGGAGAAAGGGUUUGGAAAUGGAAAACAAGCAAAAGAAGCAAGCCGUGAAGAGGAUAAGGAGGAUGAAUCGCCUGUGAAGGAGGAAGAAGCAGAGGACAUGGUUAAUGCAACCACUGUGAAGGAGUGGGAAGAAGUGGGCGAAGAAUUUACCGAGUAAGUUUGUAUGCGUGAUAGUAAUGGCUGUGGAGCAGUGGCCUGGCUGGUUGGAUGGAUGGCUGUUGAUCUGUCCUUGUGAUCAGAGCAGUGACUGUGACGCUGCUGUGGGGUGCUGGCUGGGCCACUGCUGGCUGACGGUUGCAAAUCUACCUGUCCAACCCAAGAGAGAUCCAGUGACAUCUUUGCUACACUAGGAUCUGAAGUUCCCUUGAUACCCAGUCACUUGCAUUAGUCCUACAGUAAUAUAGGUGUGCUAUGAAGUGCUUCUGCGAAAGUGCUUGUGCACUUAUUUCCUGUGACAAAACUCCCUUUGGUUAAGUCAAGCUGGGGUUACAUUUUUGUUGUUUUCUAUGUGACAAAUUCUGGCCCUGCAGUGCUAGAAUGAGUCACAUCUGCACUGUUGUAUCAGUUGUAAAACAGUUUAUGUAUAUGUCAUCUUUAGCAGUACUGUUCCAAAUGGUGGAAUGGCUGUUGCAGCUAUUACAGAGCUCUGCAACACUGCCACAUCAAGCUGGUUAAAAUUUUUGCUUCUUAAGCAGUUUUAUACAAAGCUUUCUUAACAAGAUAUUUCUUGUUUCUGUAAAUGGCAGUGUUACACUGAGCAAUGUUCACCUUCUUAACAGUGUAAUUUUAAGCAGUGAGUGCUAAGCCACCUUUCCUCAAGCAUUGUUACUUCAAGCAUACUAUAGCUUUGCUCAUGCAUAAAUUUCAGGAGUACGUGUAAGAAGAGUUAGAAAUGAUAGUACGCUAUUGCGGUGAUGUAAGUGGACACAGUCCGAAGUUCCAGUGCCAAUUUCUCUGUGGGCAGAGUGGCACCCAUUUGUGUGGUUUUAUUGAUGUUGAUUUUUCUUUGAAAGUCAUAUUGCCAUUAAGUUUGACCUUUUUUGUUUGGAAUACAGUUUCUUUUUCUUUUUUUCUCUUUUAGUUACAUUGUUUUCAGUACUGUGUGGUAGGACAAUAGUACAAGAUAAUUUGUUCUGCAAUGAAGAAAAAGUUGACAGAAAAAGUAGAUAAAAUCUACUGUGUAUUUUGUGGAUACGUUUGUAAUGGAAGUGGCUUGGCAAUACAUAGUCAAUGUUCCUUGCAGUUUUGCAGGAUGUCUUUCUUUCAUAAAUUUCAUCUUGGAUUUAGAAGUUUACUCAGAAAAUAUUCCAGUAUUUUUUAAUAAAGAAAACUGAAAACAUU